CGCGCUCCCGCUGGCCCCGCCCCAGGCGCCGCCGGUGACGGGCGGUUGGAGCGCCCCCCCCUGCCCCCCCCCCCCCCAUGGCGGUCCCCGUGCUGGGCGCCCUCCUGCUGGUGCUGCUGGUGCUGCUGGGCGGCCUCUGCCUGGGCAGGUGGCUCCUGUACAUACUGAUUACCAACUGGUGCCGGCGGCGACUCCAAGCAGAGUUGAAGAUCCAGUCCUUCUGGGUUUUCGGGAUCCAAAACCUCAGCUUGAAGUUUCAAGAGGAGCAGCAGACGGUGGAGAUCGACAGCAUCUGGAUCUCCAGCAGGCUCCUGAACCAUGAUGUGCCGCGCUACCUGGCCCUGUGCUUUGGAGAGGUGCGCAUCCGGGUGGAUCUGCAGAAGUCCCCUCACCUGCAGCCCUCUGACCCCUUGCCCCCCGACCCUGCUGACGGGGCCCAAGAAGAGGCGCUGUCCCUGGGCCCCUCACUGCUGCAGCUGCUCAGCCAGCUCUGCUCCUUCCACGUGGACUCGGUCAACGUGAUGGUGCUGCACGUGGCCGCCUCGGAGUCCCUGUGGCACGUCCAGGUGUCCAGGUCUCAGGUCUUGCUGGGCUGUGACGGCAGGAGCGUGGCCUGCGAGCUGACCUGUGGCCAGGUGAACAGCAAAGUGCUGAAGAGCAGCCAGCAGGACGAUGCCUGCCUGGCCGAGCUCUCCCUGGCCCUCUCCGUCUCGCUGGACGUCAGCCUGGGCAAGCAGCAGCUGCAGAGCGUGGCCCUGGGGGUCUGGAGCCUCCAUGCCGAGCUGCACGAGGGGCUCUUCCACAGCGAGCUUCUGCAGCGCAUGGGCGGCAGUCCCCGGAAGGGGGCAGAUUCCCCGAAGGCUCUGGCGCUGGGUCCGCCCCCCCUGGGCCUGGCCGGCCUGAAGUACGUCCCCUCUCGGCUGAAGGUGGACCUGGAGACCACCAGCCUGGUCCUCUCCAUGAACAGCCAGAAGAGGCACCUCACCUGGACCCUGAAGCGGCUGCAUUUCGCCCACCAGUGUGAUGAGGAGCAAAUCCCGCUCCGGAGCUUCACCCCCACCUGCGACCUGCCCCAGAUGAGCAUCGAGCUGGUGCUGGAAGACGGGCUGCUGCUGUCGCAAAGCCGCCAACGCAUCGUGUGCCUCAACCUGUUGAAGGCCAGCCUGCAGGUCAUGGCCAUCGACAUCUCCGUGGCCGUCAUGGUCAAUACCUGCAUCGUCCACUACCGGCACCAGGAGUUCUCCCACUGGGUGGGCAUGCUGGCCUCGGCUGAGCAGACCUCCGGAUGGGCCCUCUCGGCCAGGGGCCCCGGCGGCAGGAUGCCUCAGAUCCUGGCCACCAUCAUCCUCAGCGCUUCGGUGUCCAACGUCAACCUCUCCGUACAGCUGGGAGACACCCCUCCGUUCGCCCUGGGCUUCAACUCCAUCUCCGUGGAUUACCAGCACUUGCGUCCUCAGAGCGUCCACCAGCGGGCCGUGCUGGCCGUCGACCACUUCUGCUGGCGGGUGGGGGCGGACUCGCACAUCCAGCGGGCCCCCCACCCCCCGAACAUGCAUGUCUGGGGAGAAGCUUUCAUCCUGGACUCCUUCAACCUUCAGGGCAGCUACAACCAGCCGCUGGGGACGUCCAGCACCCACGCGGACACCCUGUUCCUGGAUUGCACCCUGCGCGGGCUGCAGCUGGAGUCCUCGGACGCCUGCGCCGACUGCCUCUCCCGGCUGCUGCUGCUCUUGCGCCCUCAGGACCCUGGGCCCCAGGAACCCCUGGGGGAGCUGCCCCCCGCCCUGGGGGAGGAAUUCGGGGUGCUUUGGAAGGUGGACCUGAAGGUGGAGGACGUCAACCUCUUUACGCUGUCGAGCUUGGCAGGGGCCACAGAGCUUCGGGUGGACACCUUGACCACGUUGGGCAGUGCCGAGAGCUGCACCAUCAGCAUCCAGGGGGUGGCACUGUCCCUGGUCAAGAGCCUGGCGGAGAAGAUGCAGCCCUGUUGCAAAGCCCCCGCCAUCCCCAGCCCCGUGGCUGGCCUGGCCGCCCUCUGCCUCACCUACCGCAGCAGCAUCCGCUCUCUGGAGGUGCAAUGCGGAGACAACCUGACGCUGCUCUGGAGCCCAGCCACCCACAUGUACCUGUUCGAGCACCUGCUGGCCACCCGGCGCUGCUUCGAGACGCUGCAAAGCUUGCUGUCGCCCCAAAAACCCACCUCCGCGGCCCUUCCCCCGCAGGGCCCCGAAGGCCGGCUCCCUGCCCAGGAUGGGGCUCCCUUCCCAGAGGGCCCGGCACCCAGGAGGCUGCUGGGGCUGACCUUGGAGUUCAGCUCUCUGAAGGUGACCGCCUUCGUGUCGGAGAGCCGCUACUUGAGCCUGGCGGCUGAGCGGCUUUUACUCAACCGCCACGGCGCAUCCCUCCAUUCCUACUGCCCCGGACUGGUGGCCGGCUUUGACGGCAACAGCAUCCUGGUCUUGAAGGAGGUGGAGCUGCAGGCCCUGCCGGAGCUGGAGGAGAUGAUCUUGCACCGUGGCCCCUUCCCCACCCUCUGCACUUUGCGCAACCGAGUCUGGGCCCUCUCUUGCGCCACCGCGGCGGUGGAGUUCCCCUACCAGUAUGACUUCUCGGCUACGUUGGACGAGGCGCUGGGCGUGCAGAAGUGGCUGAGGGGACUCCACGGGCGGAAGGCCGCUGGCGGGACUCCAUCCCAUCCCUUGCCGCCCGACCUGCUGCUCAAGGUCCAGCACUUCUCCUGGGUCUUCCUGGACGACGUCUUCGAGGUGAAGCUCCGCGACAACUACGAGCUGAUGAAGGACGAGAGCAAGGAGAGCGCCAAGCGGCUGCACCUGCUGGACGCCAAGGUGGCCGCCCUGCGCAAGCAGCACGGGGAGCUGCUGCCCGCCCGGAAGAUCGAGGAGCUCUACGCCUCCCUGGAGAAGAAGAACAUCGAGAUCUACCUGCAGCGCUCCCACCGGCUCUACGCCAACACGCCCAUGCGCAAAGCGCUGAUCACGUGGACCAUGUGCAGCUUGGAGCUGGUGGCGCUGGCGGACGAGGCCUUCUCUGGGGCCGAGCGGGUGCUGCAGCAGAUCCGAGACAUGGAUGCCGCCAGCCCCUUCCCCCCCGAGGGCCUGGAGCUCCUCACCCACUGGUGCCGCAUGGUCAAGGGCAGCGUCAAGACCUUCUUCGUGCGGAUCCGGGACUACCCCCGUUAUUUAUUUGAGAUCCGGGACUGGAGACUGUCAGGCCGGCUGGCCGGUGCGGAGACCCCUGGGCAGCCCUGCUCUCGCCGGCGUCAAAAGCUGGAGCUGGGGGCCCCCUGGGGCCCGGUGACCGUGGAGAGAAACAUGCCACCCUUGAAGUUCUACCACGACUUCUGCUCUGAGGUCUACCAGUUCACCAUUGUGUGGGGGCCCUGCUGGGACCCCGCCUGGACCCUGAUCGGACAGGCCAUCGACCUGCUGACCAAGCCUUCGGAAGACCCCAGCGCGCCCCUCCCCUGGUGGGACAAGAGCCGCCUCCUGCUGCACGGCGACUGGCACAUGGAUAUCGAGCAGGCCGGCCUCCACCAGGUGGCCACGGAGGAUCCCUACAACACCACGGAGAACCUGCACUGGGAGUGGAGCCACCUCUCCUUCCACUGGCGGCCUGGCCAGUUCGUCUUCAAGGGAGACCUGGAUGUCAACGUCCGGACAGCGUCCAAGUACGAUGACUGCUGCUUCCUUCACCUGCCCCAGCUGUGCAUGACCCUGGACCUGACCUGGCUGUGCCACGGGAACCCCCACGACCACCACAGCGUGGUGCUGCGCUCCCCGGAGUUCCUGCCCGAGGUGCCCGUGGGGCAGCAGUACGACUCCUACCGGGCCUUCCGCUCCGAGAACCUCAACCUGGCCAUCCGCAUGGACCUCACGCGGCCCAGUGGCGAGGCCUCCCAGCCGCGCAUCCUCCUGUACAGCAGCACCCUCCGCUGGAUGCAGAACUUCUGGGCCACCUGGACCAGCGUCAGCCGCCCCAUCUGCCGCGGGAAGCUCUUCGGCAACCUCAAGCCCAGCAAGAAGAAGCUGGGCCAGCACUACCGCCAGCUCUCCUGCACCGCCCUCUUCCCCAAGCUCCAGAUCCAUUACUGGGCCUCCUUUGCCCAGCAACGUGGCAUCCAGCUGGAGUGUGGCCAGGGCCACAUCUUCACCCGUGGCACGCAGCGGCUGAUUCCUCAGGCCGGCACGGUCAUGCGCCGCCUGAUCUCCGAGUGGAGCAUCGUGCAGAUGGUGAGCGACCUCAGCCUGGUGAACGUCCACCUGAUGGCCUCCCCCUGCGAUGAGAACGUGGACCAUCGCUUGGACUCCCUGGUCAAGAAGACCCACCUGCUGAGCCUCUCCUCCCUCACCUACCAGCGCCACAGCCUCCGCACGGCCGAGGAGGAGAUUCUGCUGCGGGACGGGGACGCUGUGCUUCACACCCACCAGCUGCACCUGGUGGACCUGCGGGCGUCCUGGACCACCACCAACCGGGACAUCGCCUUCGGCCUCUACGACGGCUACAAGAAGUCCGCAGUGCUGAAGCGCAACCUGUCCACCGAGGCCCUGAGGGGACUGAAGAUCGGCCCCCAGUUGCCCGCCAAGAAGCCCAGGCGGGGCCCUCCCCCCAGCCACCAGCCCCCGCUGCGGGUCAUCGUGCCGGCGAGCAGCGGCCGGACCGAGCGAAGCCCCUCCGGAGGGGCCUCCAUGUUGCAGAAGCUGAUUGAGGAGACAGACAAGUUCGUGGUUUUCACCGAGGAGGAGUCGGGGGUCAGCGAACAGCUGUGCGGGAUCGCAGCCUGUCAGACCGAUGACAUCUUCAACCGCAACUGCCUGAUUGAACUCGUCAACUGCCAGAUGGUUCUCCGUGGGGCCGAGACAGAGGGCUGCGUGAUUGUCUCGGCCUCCAAAGCCCAGCUGCUCCAGUGCCACCACCACCCGGCCUGGUACGGGGACACCCUCAAGCAGAAGACCUCCUGGACGUGCCUGCUGGACGGCAUGCAGUACUUCGCCACCACCGAGAGCAACCCCUCCGAGCGGGAGGACGUGCAGCUCUGGCUGGAGGUCAAGAACAUUGAGGAGCACCCGCAGCGCACCCUGGACUCCGUGCAGGAGCUGAUGGAGAGCGGGCAAGCCGUGGGCGGCAUGGUCAGCACCACCACAGAUUGGAACCAGCCGCACGAGGUGAAGCCCACACAGCAGGUCCAGCGCAUCAUUUCGCGCUGCAGCUGCCGCAUGUACUACAUCAGCUACAGCCACGAUAUCAACCCCGAGUUGGCCACCCAGAUCAAACCGCCGGAGCUGCCUGCCAACCUGGAGAAAGACGACCUUCUCAAGAAGCGGGAAGGGGCCGUGGACACCUUCACGCUAAUCCACCAUGACCUGGAGAUCUCCACCAACCCGGCCCAGUACGCCAUGAUCCUCGACAUUGUCAACAACCUCCUGCUGCACGUGGAGCCCAAGCGGAAGGAGCACAGCGAGAAGAAGCAGCGAGUCCGUUUCCAGCUGGAGAUCUCCAGCAACCCGGAGGAGCAGCGUAGUAGUAUCCUGCACCUGCAGGAGGCCGUCCGGCAGCACGUGGCCCAGAUCCGGCUCCUGGAGAAGCAGAUGUACUCGGUCAUGAAGUCCUUGCAGGACGACGGGCGGAACGAGUCGCUGCUGGAGCACAACCAGAAGCUGCAGCAGCAGCUGAGCCAGGAAAAGGCCACCUUGCAGCAGGAGAGCGAGGACCUGAACAUUCUGAUCAGGUGCUUUAAGGACUUCCAGCUGCAGAGGGCCAACAAAAUGGAGCUGCGCAAACAGCUGGAGGACGUCAGUGUGGCUCGCCGGACCGAGUUCUACUUCGCCCAGGCCCGCUGGCGCUUGACCGAAGAGGACGGGCAGCUGGGCAUCGCGGAGGUGGAGCUGCAGCGCUUCCUCUACAGCAAGAUAAACAAGUCGGACGACACAGCCGAGCAUCUCCUGGAGCUGGGCUGGGUGACUAUGAACAACCUGCUGCCCAACGCCGUCUACAAGGUGGUCCUGCGGCCCCAGAGCGCCUGCCAGUCGGGACGCCAGCUGGCCCUGCGGAUUUUCAGCAAGGUCCGGCCGCCAGUGGGCGGCAUUUCCAUCAAGGAACACUUUGAGGUCAACGUGGUGCCGCUGACCAUCCAGCUGACGCACCAGUUCUUCCACCGCAUGAUGGGGUUUUUCUUCCCUGGACGCAACGUGGAGGAGGAGGAGGUGGGCGACGAAGAGGACAAGUCCAAGCUGGUGACCACGGGCAUGCCGGUUGUCAAGCCGCGGCAGCUGAUGGUCUCCGAAGACUCGCUGGGCUCCGGGAAGGGCAUGGGCCAAGGGCUGAACCGGACAUCGGGGGUCAGGCGCUCCUUCCGCAAAACACCCGAGUACCCGGUGGACGACAUUGACAAGAUGAAGGAGCGGGCGGCCAUGAACAAUUCCUUCAUCUACAUCAAGAUCCCGCAGGUGCCCCUCUGCGUCAGCUACAAGGGAGAGAAGAACAGCGUGGACUGGGGGGACCUCAAUCUGGUGCUGCCGUGUCUCGAGUACCACAACAACACCUGGACGUGGCUGGAUUUUGCUAUGGCAGUGAAGCGGGACAGCCGGAAGGCCCUGGUGGCCCAGGUCAUCAAAGAGAAGCUGCGCCUGAAGCCAGCGGUGGGCACGGAGUCCCGGGCGAGGCAGGAGAGCAAGCUGGAGGGGCCGGUGCAGCAGCAGGAGGAGGACGAGAAGGCCCGGCUGCUGAUCGGCCUGAGCGUGGGCGAGAAGAACCCGGGCAAGAAGUCCAUCUUCAGCCGGCGCAAGUGAGGCCGCUGGGCCUGCCAGGCGGGAGCCCACCAUCACUGCCUGCCCUGCCGGGGCCCGGCCUGUGGGCGCUCUUGGGCACUGUUGGCCAGGUGCUGGGCUGAGACUGAAGGGGCCCCCGAGGGCCCCAGAGGCGCGUGGGACCAGGCUACGGAGAGCGGGGGG